AUGAAUUAUUAUGAUGAAUCAUCUCUUGGAAAUUUUUAUCAAUUUCCUUCUUGGUCAACAUCAAUAACUCGAUCAAAUACAAGUUUACCAAAUAACAAUACUAAUCAUAUGUUUAAAUUACGUGUUGAUAAUCGAAAUCAAAUUGAAACUUUAUCAAGAAAAUAUCUUAGUCGACAUAAUGCUCACAUUUUAAGAGAAUCACGUCUUUUUUCACCUCCACCACUUCAUCAACCAACUCCAACACCUGAUAUUUGUUCAACAAUUGAUAACAUAUCAUUAGUCUCAUCGACUUAUCCACCUUAUCAUUUACAACCUAUUCGAGUUAAAUCAGCUCAAUUGACAAUUCCAGUAAAUACAAAUUCAGAAGAAAUUUUAUUAAAAAAUUUUCCAAAACAAACACAUGAACGACGUAAACAUAUGCAAGAAAGAAUACGAUUAAAACAACAAACUCAAAAACACGCUCAAAUUGAUUCAGAUACUUGGUUUCAAUUGAGAGAAUCAUUAGCUGAAUUAAAACGUCUUGCAACAAAUGAACAAGUUGUUGUAGAUCCAUCUACGUCACUUUUUAAUUGUGAUGGAUUUUCAUUUGAAGCACUUAAACAAGUUAUUAAUCAACAAUCUGAAGAGAACAAAAUCAACAAAUUUAAACAUGAAUCAGAUCCUAUUUAG